AGGCAGUCGUGUUUUCAUAAAUUAGUAUCCUACGCCAAAAAUUGUGAAGAGCGAGGACUAGACGCUGGGAAUGGGAUCUUCAACAUUUCUUCUGUUUUCUUAUACAGUUCUUCUAUCCCUUGCUACACUUACGCUUUCUGAUGAUGUUUAUUUUGAGCAUAACUGUAAUGAAAUCAGAGGCAACUACACUGCAAACAGCACUUACCAGGCCAACCUCAAUAGCAUCGUCUCUCAGUUCUCCUCUCUUACAGAGUUCAAUUAUGGGUUCUUCAAUCUGUCUGCUGGUGUAAGCCCUGACAACGCUAACGUAAUCGCACUUUGCAGGGGUGACUUAAACCAAAGCCAAUGCAACAGUUGCCUCAAUUACACCGCAACCGAGCUCGAAAGAUUUUGUCCCUCCAACAAGGAGGCAACUGCGUGGUCUGAACUUUGUUUGGUGCGGUACGCCAACCGAGACAUGUACGGAAUGCUGGAGAACGAUCCUCGUACUUGUGCAUACAACCCAGCGAAUGCAUCGAACCCUGAACAGUUCAAUCAGGCAUUAAGUGAACUAUUGAAUGACCUGAGCAGCAAAGCUGCAGAUGGGGGUCCUCUUCGCAAGUAUGCAGCUGGUAAUGCUACAGCUGGUAACUUGCAAACAGUAUAUGCUACGGUGCAGUGUACUCCUGAUUUGGACGAGGGAAAUUGCACUACUUGUCUAACUUUCGCGAUGAACGAGCUUCGAAACUGUUGUUAUGGAAGAAUGGGAUGCAGGGUUCUUAGACCAAACUGUGUCUUGAGGUUUGAAUCUAACCCAUUUUAUAAUCAGAUUGCAGUUCCUCUGCCGUCACCACCACCGCCACCAUCUCCAUCAACUUCUUCUUUUCCCACGUCAAUAGGAGAGCAACAUUGAAACUGAUAGGUCACCUUCAUUGGCCACUAUCGAGUUACUCCCAUCAUCCCUCAACGAGGUUUCAAUUACUGAGCUAUCUCCUAGAUAGUGUUUUGAAGUUGUAUACAAUAAGUUUAUUAUCUUGAAUUUCAUUUCUAUAUAUUAUAUUCCACUUAAAGACUUUACUGUAUAUCUCACCACCAAGAGAUGGGGAUGAAAGUUUGGGUGGAAAUCCCACAUCCUAUAAUAAUAUAUAAUCCAGCUUUGUGAUGAGAGCUCAUAAUAUAUAUUCCAGCAAUAAAUGAUGAGAGUUUCAACUUCCCAGCUUCGCCCCACAUGGCUUUCAGUUCUCAUGCUCUUCCAUAGGGAAUAAAAAUUAAAAGUACAAACUAAAAAGAAAACACCAAGAUCAAUGACAAAUAUCAGUUUGAACAAUGGUUCUUUGUGCUGAGGAAGGCAGACCCAAAAUAACAGCCUGCCAGC